UGCAAUUGACACUCCUUUUUUUCAAAAUGCAAUCUUAUUUUGAAGUAACUGUGCAAAGCAAUAAGGAACUCGCCUAGAGCAGCAGCCUCAAUAGCAAUGGGGGACUUUGAAAGGGACCAUCAUUAUUCUGAGCUUUCUGGAACUUCUGCCCCAGAAAAUGGGCAUCAUGAACAAAAGCAACAGAGUCCAGUGCCCAUAACAAGACGUUUAAGAGAUCGAGAAAUGUUGAAAAGGAAGAAAGAAGAGGCUCAAGAAAAACACACUUACCAGUGGGUUUUUGGGGAACAGAGCAGCAGCAAACGACAAAGGAAGACCAAAGGAACUGGACAUGGGAGAAGAAAGCAAGUCAAGGAACCUGAGCCAGAACCUGAACCAGAACAUGAGUCGGAUGAAGUCCAACAUGCUCCACAACAAGAAGAGCAACACCAUGAAACUGAGGGUGAAAAAAAAAUUGAGUUAUUAUCUGAUGUACCACAAGAGCAUUUUGAGCCAGAACAAGAAACUCUGCUGCAUCAUGAAGAUUUGCCAACUGCGACUGAAGGAGAGACUGCUGAUGUGACUCUUCUAAUACAUGAAGAUGCUGAUGGACACUUACCACAAGAGGCUUCCCCUUUGCUAGAAGAUAAAGAAGAGGUAGCAGAGUCUGAUCCAGUACCAGUUACAGAAGCACCGGAGGUUCUUGCCUUUCCUUUCGAACAAGAACAAGUCGAGCAUCAGUACUACACACCACUGCUUUAACUUCUUACUAUUAUCCAGUUUCCUAUAUUAUAAAAAUGUUAACUGAGGGAUUUAAUUUUUUUAAUAUAGAACAU